AACCCCGAGGAGCCCCCCAAUUCUAAACCUGGGGCAGGCCUACAGUCCGCUCUGAUGCCUGCCCCGGCUUCAGAUCACCUCCUUCACACCCAAGAUGGCGGCCCGGCGGCGGGGGAGGGGAGAGCCAGUCACGUGGCCAGCGCUAGCUCUGACGUGGAUUCUGUCCCCCGCCCGCCCCGCGGCCCGCUUAACGUGUCCCUCUCGGCGCCCCGUCAGCGUUUUCUUCCCUCCCAGCCUCCGGCCCGAAUGGCGGCGCCCAGCGGCCAUGGCGGCCUCGGCGCCCCCGGCCCACGCCCCUGGGCCUCACUCCUCCUGCUCCUGGCGACGGCGGCCGCGGCAGCGGGGGGCGGCAGCGAAGGGGACCGCGCCGUGGAGUUUGACGUGCGGCCCGGCGGGGUGGUGCACUCCUUCUCGCAGAGCCUCGCGAAGGCGGGAGGGCACACCUGCACAUUCACUUAUGCUUCUCAAGGUGGGACUAAUGAGCAAUGGCAAAUGAGCCUGGACCUCAGCGAUGACAGCCAACUCCUCACCUGCAUCGUUUGGAGGCCCCAGGGAAAGUCCUACCUGUUCUUUACUCAGUUUAAGGCAGAAGUGCAGGGAGCAGAGGUGGAAUACGGCAUGGCUUAUUCUAAAGCUUCAACUGGAAAAGAUGCAGAUGUUCCCCUGAAGCCUGAAGAAUUUGAAGUGACCAGCACAGCAGUGACCCACAGGCAAGGAGCAUUCCGAGCUGAACUGUCUAAAAUUGUGAUAGUGGCCAGAACAGGCCAUGCUGAACUGUGAUCUGAAGCCUUGUCCGAAGUUUGUCUUGUCUUGUCUCUACUGACGUGCCCGGAGGGGACUGUCUUGGGCCGGUUUCCUAGGGGAUAUUGUCAUGGUUUGCCACACAGAUGUCUACAUUGUUGUACUUGGGGUGUUAAGGCCAGGACUCUGCAGGUGUAUGGCUCAGAAGCCUCUCUUCCAGGCCCGCAGGAGUGGCCCAGAUCCCUGGCCUGCCCUCAGACAGCCUGUCACUGCUUUUCCUUCCAUACCUCAUGGUACUUCUGUUCUAGACAAGAGUCCUUUGAUGCUUCCUCUUGAGGGGAGGUCAGAGGAGGGCCAAAACAAAUGGGCCCAAGGCUGACUCAGCAUCACUUCAGUUUCACAAGAACGUAUUCGCCUUCCUGCCCAGAUGGGCACCUCUGUCCAGGGAGGGCAUAGCCCUUUUUGCCCCCAGACGAGGGGGAUCCAACUAUCUGCUGCCACAUGCCCAGGUCUGAAACUAUCGGUAUGGGGAAAGGCAGCUUGACUCUGACACAAACAGAAAUCCAGCCAACUUGUUCUGUCUCUUCAGGACUACUUUCCUAUGUCUAGCCCAUUUGUUUCCUUGUAGAUUGACUGUGAAGGGAAUUCAACAUUCUUUCAUGUCUAAAUAAAUGAUGGGGGGCAGGGCAGGGUUAAAAACUAA